AUGUUUAGAUCCAAUAGUACUCGAAGAGGCCAUGAAAAAUAUGAGAAACUAGAUAAAGAAUCUGGUGAAAAUAAUAGUGGGAGUUCAAAUGAAGAGUACUUGAAGAGAAGUGCAAGUGUUCCUUCAGGGCCAUCUAAUACUAAGGCAAAAAUGGCUAUGGCUUCAAACUUUGUGGAUAUUAAUCUUCAAAGAAACCCUACAAAGAAAGCAAGUAGUGAUCAUAAGGAAAAGAGUAGUGCUCACCCACUUUUGAAUUUCUUUGAUUUUAGAAGGAAGAAGAAGAAAGCAACAUCUAAGCCUGAGUUUGCUAGAUAUGUUGAGUAUAUGAAGGAAGGAGGCAUGUGGGAUUCUGAAUCAAAUAAGCCUGUAAUUUAUUAUAAAUGA